AUGGACAAUGCAUCUUCUUCAUCUACUAGCUGUAUCAAGUCUAAAAUAACUUGGUGCCCAUUGCUUCCAAAUAUUCAAUGCAUACAAGUGCUACUUAUCAAUGUACUCUUAGUAUUAAACUUAUAUACAUUUGAUGUGACAUUUUCUGAAGAUGGUACUCUUAGUAAAGGUUAUGAUAUUUUGUUACAAGAUCAUACCAAUAAGGGUCAGGUUUGUACAAUAAUGGAUACAUAUGAGUCUAAAGAAACUGCUAUAUUGAAGCAGUAUGGUGUUAAAGAUUCUCAAAACCCCAAAGAACAAGCAGUUCUUCUCA